AUAAUAUAAAACCCCAAACAGAAGUAAACACCCUUCAAAGUGUGCCCUCCAAGAAGCUAGCUACACAUAACCAAACCAUCUUUCUUUGCAUCAAGCUAUCUAUUUUUGUAGAUCCUUAGUCUCCAAUUCUUCCUAUCUAAAAAAUAUGAAUUGGAGCAGAGGGCAUACACUAGGCCGUGGCUCCUCCGCCACCGUAUACGCCGCCACCUCCUCCGACUCCGGGGAGAUGUUCGCCGUCAAGUCCGCCGAGCUCUCCCAAUCGGAGCUCCUUCAAAGAGAGCAAACAAUUCUGUCCACAAUCAGCAGUCCUUGGAUUGUUGGGUAUAAAGGGUACGAUGUUACUAGGGAGAAUAACAUCGUAGUGUUCAAUCUCAUGCUGGAGUACAUGGCCGGCGGGACGUUACGCGACCGAAUCCGGCGAAACGGCGGGAAGCUCGGAGAAUCGGCGAUCGUUGACUACACGCGCCAAAUCUUACAAGGACUGGAGUACCUUCAUUCAAGAGGAAUCGUACAUUGUGACAUUAAGAGCCGGAACGUUUUGCUGGGUGACGGCGGAGCCAAAAUCGCCGACUUCGGUUGCGCGAAACAGUCCGGCAGCGCCGCCGCGUGUAUGGGCGGCACGCCGAUGUUCAUGCCGCCGGAGACGGCGCAGGGGAAGGAGCAGGAAUUCCCGGCGGACAUAUGGGCAUUGGGAUGCACAGUCAUCGAAAUGGCCACCGGCGGCGGCUCGCCGUGGCCAAACGCGACAGACCCGGCAUCACUGCUUUACCGGAUAGCAUAUUCAGGGGAGUCGCCGGAGAUUCCGCAUUCCCUCUCCGACCAAGCAAAGGAUUUCCUGGGAAAAUGCCUGAGACAAAAUCCCGGAGAUCGAUGGACGGCAGAAAAGCUCCUGAAUCACCCAUUCCUUCUCCAACAAGCACGGAAUCAAAACAAUCAAAUUCCGAAGGAAUCCCGGAGUUCACCGACGAGCGUUCUUGAUCAGGGGAUUUGGAACUCGAUGGAGGGUCCGGUACGGCGGCGGGCAGAGAGAUCAAUGGAGGGAUUGGAGGAUGAUGAUUCCCCUUUAGGAAGGAUCAGAAAAUUAUGUGACCAAUCACCGGAGAAGCCAAACGGGGAAUGGGACGAGGAAUCUUGGACCACAGUCAGAAGAGAUGGUGGCGAAGCAGAGAAACACUGAAACAGAGUUGGAAAGGUGAUGCGCUUUUCACGUGGUCACAACUCAUUAUUUAAUGACAGUAAUGGCUGUAAUGUUAGUAGGUAUUGUUCUAUUGGUACAGAACAGUUAGACGAAAUCUGUAGGAAUCUCAGUUUUUGGGGUCGGUAAAACUGCUUCUUCAUCAAUGUUCUUAAAACUCCGGCCGGCCGGACGGCGGGCCUUUGUGUCUCUUUGUCAAUUGGCAUUCUGAUUGAGUUCAUCAAUAAAUGUAGAUAUAAUAGGAAUGCUUCAAGCUUUCGAAGUUUAUUUUGCAAUGGCCGACAAGAGCAGAAGCUUCUGUCAGCCGGUGGGCAAGUUGCUAGGAAGAUACGGGACGCUUACCCGCAGGUUGUCUCUGACCUUCUGCCCGGCCCGCUGACUGGUGUUGGGCGGUUUCUGGAGCUGCUGCCGAUUUGGAGCCUUUGUUGCUGGGCUUUGUGAGUUUGUGCAGUUGGGUUUUGACUUUUGACAUCGUCUUGUAAUUAUUGAUUUUUCAUUUGCACGAUUGAAUUUUUUAUUUGCACGAUUGGUUGUGACACCAUAAAAGAAUGUUUUGAUAGCAAGAAUGUUUUCAAUUGGACUGGUUAAAUUUGUUGGUCUGAUCCGGUCUCAUUUGAUCUUGUUUGAAAAAUGGUUGAUCUCUAUGUAUUUUAUACUACCUCCGUCCGUUAAAAAUUUGCAAAG